UUUUGAGCGACGUUUAAGGAACACCAUGGAAGAACCAACUGGAGACAUCGAGGUGACGGUGAAAACCCUGGACUCCCAGAGCAGAACCUACACCGUCGGUGCUCAGUUGACUGUGAAGGAGUUCAAGGAGCACAUUGCGCCUUCAGUGGGCAUCCCGGUGGACAAGCAGAGGCUGAUCUACCAGGGCAGAGUGCUGCAGGAUGAGAGGACUCUGGCAGACUACAAUGUAGGAGGAAAGGUGAUCCACCUUGUGGAGCGGGCACCACCUCCACCAUCCCAGCCUGGUUCUGGGUCAGGAGGCACUUCAGCCGACAGCGGGCCGUCCUCAUCCUCCCAGGGAACGUCACAAGUGCCUCCACAUGAUCGCAACGCCAACAGCUACGUAAUGCUCGGCACAUUCAACCUUCCUGUAAACAUCAUGGACCCCCAGCAGAUACAGAUGUCAGUCCAGCAGAUGGUGUCUGGGAUGGGAGAGAAUGCCAGGAAUGCCAGAGUCACAACCAGCACCGGGAGCAACGGGUCUGUGAAUGUGCACAUUGAUAUGGACCAACCGGUGCAGAGUGAGCCCAGGCUGAGGCUGGUGCUCGCUGAGAACCUGCUGAGAGACGUCAAUGAUGUCAUCCACAGGAUGGAGAGUCGGCCGAGUGAGCCGGCCUCCCAGACCGAGACGGCGUCUGCCGCUGCUGCUCCUCCUCCUCCCUCGUCUUCGUCUACCACCUCUACUCCCUCUCCUUCUGCUCAGCCCAUGGACACCUCCCCACCUCCAACAACUCCCCCACCUCCACCCUCUUCAUCAGCACAGUCGGAGGGACCAACACCACAACCUGGACCCAACCACCCCAGCCCAGCUGAGCUAGCAGAGAUGUUGUCUGAGCUGCGUAGGGUGGAGGAGCGGCUGCAGCCAUUCAUCCAGAGAGCUCACACCAUCCUGGAGACAGCCACCACCGCAGAAUACAACAAUAAUACAGAGCGAGAGGAGGACCAGCGAACCCUCAUCCUGACAUGGGAGUGUCUCCGUCUCCUUGGUAACGCCCUAGUGGCCCUCAGCGACCUGCGACUGAACCUCAUGAGCCCCGUGCCACGCCACCUGCACGUGGUCCGGCCUUUUUCCCACUACGCCACCCCGGUCACUCUCCCUGGAGCGGUGCACCACCACAUCCCAGUGCAAAUGAACCUGGGCGCCACAGUGACUGUUGCUGCUAACAGCACUGAAGGACAAGCCCCGCCCACCCAGCCGGCCAGCCAGUCGGAGCAGGCAGGUCAGGGACAGACCUCCCCCCCACAGACUACCCCGUCCAAUCAGCAGGCUGGACAGGGACAGGCUGGCCCCCGGGUCAUCAGGAUCAGCCACCAGGCAGUCCCGGUGGUCAUGAUGCAGAUGAACACGGACGGUCCCAGUCCAAACCCUGCAGCAGCUGGACAGCAAAUGCCCGGACAGCCAGGUGCCCUUCCCCCUGACUUCAUGAGAAACCUCAUGCAGCAGAUCAGCCAGUACGCUGCUGCUGUAGCUACCAGCGCCGCCACUGCUGCUGCCACUGGCCAGCCGGUUCCGCCCCAGCCCACCCCUCCUGGUUACAGCUCCACAGCCAACUCCUCAACUACUACCACGGGGCCCAACACACCCACCACCACCCCUACUGCCCCCCCUCCACCUCCCCAUGCUGGACCCCAGCCCCAGGCCAGGGUUGUGUUCAGCCGACCACCCUUUGCGCCCAACAUGCCCCCUCCAGCCUUCAGCACCCGGGGAACCACCAUCAAUGUGAGGGCUGCCAUGCCAGGCCAGCAGCCGGGACAGGCUUUCAACCCUGCUGCUCUCAACCAGAUGAUCAGUGGACUGGUUGGACAGCUUCUGCUGCCAGGACAAAUGGCUGGUCAAACAGUCCCAUCCUCUUCCUCCUCCACAUCCACAUCCUCCUCCUCUUCCUCUUCUUCCUCCUCCUCCUCCUUUUCUUUCUCCACCUCUGGUCCAACACCUCCACCUGCUGCUACCCCGAACCAAACUGAGACCAACACCAGUGAGGCCCCGUUACAGGAGAUGCCCCCAGACCUCAGCCAGCUGCUGGGUUCUCUGCUGGGGGUAGCUGGUGGAACUGGUGCAGGGCCUGUAGGGGCCCCCUCAAUAACCGUCACUACAUCUGGGGUCCCAGCCUUCAUCCAGGGAGUGACUGAGUUCAUGCAGCAGGCCCAACCCAUCUUUUCUCCACCCCCUCCUCCCUCUGGUACCACUCCUGCUCCCGGGGCAGGGCCCAACCCAACCCCCAACCCCACCGCAGCAGCAGCAGCUGCCGCCGAAGCCCUCAACCCGGAGCUGUUCACCGGCAUCGUCCGGGGCGUCCUGACCACCAUGAUGGGCUCUCUGGGCCAAGCUCAGAACGACACAGAGAGCAUUGCCCAGUUCAUGCAGAGGUUGUCUCAGGCAACCAACAUCUUCAUCAGCCCUGAGGACCCUACAGGGUUCUUUGGAGAGCUGCUGAUGUUGGUGUGCCAGACGUUCACCAUGUCCGACCUGGUGAUGCUGCUUCAUGGCCAGCACCAGCCUCUGGGCCGCAUCCAGCCUCAGCUGUCCCAGUUCUUCACCCAGAACUACCUCAACGGCAGAGAGCCCACCGAUGAGAACAUUGCUGCUGCUGCUGACAGUCUUGUAAAUGAACUGGAGGAGUACAUCACCGAGAGCUUUAGAGAGUCUUCAGUCACAGUGCUGGAAGGCGUCGACAUCACUCAGACCAACAUGUCUUUCUUCAGGCAGCAGCUGAUGCACAUCGCUGCACAUAUUCUGCGCUGCACUGAUGACACGUUUGGGCUCCGGUUGCUCCAGAUGUGUAACCAAGCCCUGUUUGAGUGUCUCGCCCUGAACCUGCACUGCCUGAGAGGAGACCAGAGGGCUCUAACGGCAGUCAUCAACCACAGAAUACGGAGAAUGUCCAGCGACAUCAGCCCCAGUCUGGUCAACUGGAUGACCAGCAUGAUGACCAUGAGGCUGCAGGUCAUUCUGGACCACAUCCCCAUCACGCAGGAGCAGAUCCAGAGCUACAUCGUGCACACUCAGAGAGAUCAGUCUUCUGCGACUUGCACCCAAGAGCCUGAUCGAGCCCAAAGCGCGACGAUCGGGGACACCCUCUCACCGGCUGCCGCCACCACAGCGGAGGAGGCCAUGUCAGUGUCACACGACACACGGGCGUCGUCACGGGAGACGAGGGUGUUGCCAGGAGACCUGGGAGCUUCGGGCGGAGCGGCGCCGCUGGGUGGCGACAUGGCAGCAGCUGGAGCUGAGGGAGGGAGUGAGGAGUCUGCUGGAGAGUCUGAGGCCUGGGCUGCUGCUGUUCCUCCUGAAUGGGUGCCUAUCAUCAGGUGCGACAUGAUGACCCAGAGGAAGAUGAAGGCUCAGCCGCCGCUGUCCGACGCCUACCUGCACGGCAUGCCAGCAAAACGCAGAAAGACGGGACAGGGUGCUGGAAGCCUCCUCUCCAUCUCUGACGCAGUGAGCCAAGCAGCCCGGACGGCCGGAGUGAAGCCCAUCACGUCUGGGGAGCGGCUGCAGGACGACCUGGAGACGCAGGAGCUGAAGGAAGCGUAUGCAGAGCAGGUUAAAUCAGACAUCAAGAAACGAGUGAGGGAAGACCCGGAUUUCAACUCUCAGCAGUUCCCCAAUGCACACAGAGCUUUCUCAUCAGACUCAUAAUCACAGUCAUGCAGCGCUGAAGCUGUUUUCUCCUCCAUCUGCAUUAUUUUGGAUCUUUGUUUGACGAGCAGUCGGUGCAGUUUCACCCCAACAACCGUCUGUCAACCAUUUUUAGCAGCGCUCUUAAAUCUUGCUAAUGUGACGACUUCCCCAGUGCCUAUUUAUUGCUUUGCGUUUAUUUUGGUCCAACUCCUGCUGAGAGAAUGUUCCUUAUUGAAAAAGUGUUGCACCACAUAUGAGUUUGACUAAAUCAGUUCACUUUAAUUCUGUUUGAAUCCGUGUGUUUUGUCUGUUUCUUUUGCCUCGUGUCGCUUCGUUAGUGUGGAGCCUGAAUCCUCAUUCUUUAGCGGACUUCUGCCUUCCUCUCAGUACUCGCGAGCACAAGAGAAGACUUUCAUGUCAUGCUGUUUGGUACAUGAAUGUACAGUAAGCUUAAUAAAGUCUUGAUAAGUACA